GUGAUACUGUCAUUUCUAUUUAGUAUGACAUAUAUUGGUCUUUAUUAUGUCGAAUCCCAAUAGUAAGUGGAUUUCUUCUAGCGGACAUGUGAAUGUUUCUGUGACAAAGGGGUUAGUGAAUGUAUCUUCCACCUCUGUGACUGAGGUUCCAUCCCUGUAAUAUCAAAAGUUGUCGCAGUUGUCUGAUUAUAAUUUCACCUCAGUCACAUGUGAGAAGAGUGCUUCCAGUUUGACCUUACCAAACCCUGUAGGUUUUCUCAAGGUACUCAAGUUUCUUCUGUAGUAACACUGGAUCAACAAGAGAUGAUCCUUACCGGACCUCUAGGAAAAACAGUUUAGAACUGAUAGAGCUAUCCAGUAUAAAUAAAGUUAGUUUAGUUUAGGUUUCCUCCUGUAGUAACACUGGAUCGAUAAGAGAUGAUCCUUACUGGACCUCUAGGAAGAACAGUUUAGAACUGAUAGAGCUAUCCAGUAUAAAUAAAGUUAGUUUAGUUUAGGUUUCCUCCUGUAGUAACACUGGAUCAACAAGGGUUGAUCCUCAUUUGGACCUCUUUCUCUUAUACAUUUAUUCUUCUUGUUUCUAGUCCAGUUGAACAUUGUUUAGAACUGGACAAACAGAACCUAUGGAUAUAUGAGAUUGCACUCAAUACAUUUUUCAUAGUUCAUUUUAUAAUCAGGGUAAGAUUUCAGAAUAUGAUGGUGAACUUCAGAAAUGUUGACAUUUAUACGAGCAAGAAAAUUAAACCGUACAUCUCUCUAUUCUUAAUACAAGACUACUACAUAGAAUGAAAAAAAUGAACAUUAUUCUCACACACUGAUAACUGCAAGUUGACCACCAUCUGCUGCACGAUAUUGCUCAAUGAAAUUAAGACAUAUAUAGUUUAGUUUUUAAUACUAAUUUUCAGUCUUAUAUAAUUAUAGUUUUUGGCAGCAAAUGACAAAUUGUUAUUUUGGUUGGAGUUAUCAUCUAUCGUCGAUUUUUUUACCGUGCCACAAGUGUUUGUGUCAAUAGUUGUUGAACAAACAUGGCUAGGUAAGUGAAAAUAACCAAACGUGGGUCGUGCAGUGUAGGUAGUAUUCCACAAUAAGCUAUCGUGGUUUGUGUCUGAACUAUCUAAAAGAAAUAUCUCAAAUUUGGUGGUCCAGUGUAGGUAGUAUUCUACAAUAAGCUGUCGUGGUUUGUAUCUGAACUACCUGAAAAAGAUAUCUCAAAUGUAGUGGUCCAAUGUAGGUAGUAUUCUACAAUAAGCUGCCAUAGUUUGUGUAUGAACUACCUGAAAAAGAUAAUUAUUUCAAACGUAGUGGUCCAGUGUAGGUAGUUCAUAUACUAGCCCCACGGCCACGUCAACAUCACAUCUAUAAACUACAAAAUUAACCACCUCUAUAAUAAUGCAUUUUUUUAGGUCUAAGAUUUUUGAGAGCUCUUCAACUAUUAAGGCUUUCAGAAGUUUUGCAAAUCCUGGGUAUUUUACACAGCGCGUAAGCAUAACUAAGCACAUUGAAUUCCUGUUUUAACUUUUCACCUAAUUUUAGCGAUUAAUGAGUAAUUCAUUCGUUCGCCUUCUUGUUUAGUGGAAGCAUAGAAAUGGCGACUGUUAUCGGCAAUUUUGUCGGCCUGUGGAUCACGUCCGCUGGAAUGGUGCACAUUGUGAGUUACCAUUAUUGUUGGUUAUACAAUGGUUGUUCAAAUUUGGUGCAAUGUACGGUCAACCAUUUUGACAACCAUUUGAAAAAGGCAAAUUCAGGAUCCGAAGAACAUUAAACACUUUUUCCAAGUCGGUUUUGAACACAUAUGUUUCUUAUCUUUUGUCUAGCUUGAGAAUACAGGAGACCCCUUUGGAGAUCACGAAUACGAAGGACGGCAUUUGAACCCAUUUGACUGUUUGUACUUUUUGUUGGUAAGUGCUUUUCUUGAUUGUUAUUGAUUCAUUCAUUCACUUGGAAAUGGACCUUUCUCGUGUGUACGGUCAACAAGUUUUCCUUGACAAAGUGUUCCUUAUUGCCAGUUCUUUUUGCUCGCGUGCACGGAAUGUUGUUAAACAAAUAUCUCACAUGAAGAUCACCUUUGACGGCUUUGUUUGCCAAAACAAUAGAAGCAGUUUUCCUUGAUCGUACACACGAAUACAUUUCCCUUGUCCAAAAUCUGGCAAGAUUAGCUUUGGAAUAAGGCUUCUUGGCAAGGAAGGCAUUUUUUACAAAAUUUGUCAAAGAAAAAUGGGGGCUUAAGACUCUAGUUGUUUUUAAUAAAUACUGAAUUAGUUAACCGUAGUUUUUUUCUGUUUUGCUAGGUAACAAUGUCGACCGUGGGUUAUGGUGAUAUCUACUGUCAUACGUAUCUGGGAAAAAUUUUCAUCUGCAUAUUUAUUUGUGUCGGCCUCGUCAUGUUCACGUCAGCAAUUCCGGUAAUCGGGUCAUUCAUUGCAUCGCAGUCGAAAUAUAACAGUUCUUUUAAAUCUACGGAUGGUGUAAGGUAAAUCGAUAAAGUAUAUAUUAAUAUUUUGUAACUUUAUUUGCAGUGGAUCACCUAUAUCAUGCAGUUUUAAACUUUCAGUGACAGUGCAGGUAAUGACUCCACCAGUAUAUGAUUUCGUUCCUCUUCACCAAAACAUUCUCACUCUAUUUUUCAGUCAUGUCGUUGUUUGUGGUCACAUUACUAAAGACACAGUGGACAGCUUUCUUCGGGAGUUUUUGCAUCCAGAUCGAGACGAUGUGAAUGAGCAUGUUGUCUUUCUGUAUCCGUAAGUGAAGUUUCUAGUAUUUCCAUUCAUGAGAAACUAAGUUGAGCCAAAAGAGGUGUUCAUUCAAAUCGGUACGUUGCAGAGAAUUUGCAGUGAAAAAUCAUAUGCACUUUGUUUCCAGGUCAUUUCCUACAAGUGAAUUAGAAGCUGUGUUAAAGCGAAAUUCGACAAGCGUGUCUUACUUCAAGGGAACUGUCUUGGAUGGCGGAGAUUGCGAGCGAGUAGAGGUAUUGCGGAGGAAUGAACUUUGGCAACAACGAAACCCCAUAAUUAACAAUCUCGUGCUCAAAUUAGUUUGUACCCACAAUUUCGUGUUCUUUGGACAGCUAGAUCACGGGUUACAACGUUUUGAAAAUUUAACUUGCAGAAGCAAAUUCUGGACAAAAUGUAUGCGAAAUUUUCAAAGCUUUAUAACUCGCGACCUAACUGUCCCAACAACGUGAAAUUUUGUGUAUGGACUAUUCUGAGCAUGAAAAAUUCAAUUCUGGGGUCCAUUUUCCCCAAAUAUCAAAAUAAGAACUUUGAUAGCGCUGGAUCGUCGAAUUCUAAAAUUUGGAGGUUUUUUAUUCCAGAUGAGAGAGGCAUCGGCAGUCUUGAUCUUAGCCAACCGUCAUUGCACGAAUCCCGACGCUGAAGAUGCUGCUAAUAUCAUGAGGUAAGGGCUGGACCAUUGGAUAUCCUGGGAGGUGGGGGCUGGCAGAUCCCCCAAAAAAAUUCAUGCAAAGAAUGCAGUGUCGGGAAAGAAAAAGCAUUUAGGGAAAGAACUACAACUACAUGGAACAUAUAGAAAUAUAAAGAAAAAAUUCCUGCACAGCUUCUUCAACGUAAAAUAAGUUCGACAAAGCUCUGAAAUAAAAGUACUUCUUGCAAGGAAAAUUUCCCCUCCCCUUAACUAAAAUACAAUUAAUCAUUUGUUUAAAUGUUAGGGUUAUUUCAAUCAAGAAUCUUUCAUCAAGAAUCCGAGUUGUUAUUCAGCUUUUACAAUAUCACAAUAAGGUAAUUAUUCUAAAAAUUAUUUCAAUUUAUUUGACAUUAUAACUGGAGAUAUACGCGCUUGUAACUAGUGGAACAGACGGUGAAUUUAAUUUCUGUUUCUUAAGAUGCAUCUAUUUAACAUUCGUUCCUGGAAUGCUGAUAAUGGUGAUGAUAUGGUUUGCGUGAGUGAGGUACGAUAAAACAACCUAUCUUUCAUUCAUGCAAUGGACCUAUUUCCUAAUGAACAAAAUUUUGAUCUGGACAAGUCUAGAUAAAGAUUUUAUCACAGCUUGAAAGAGCAUCACAAAAUUAGUAAUAUUCCGAAGUUUCGUUGCAAAAUGUUGUAAAAUGCGGAUAUGUUCAUUAGGGAAUGGGUCCAUUCAUGUCGUUGGAACAAUUUAUGCUGAGUUCUGAUAUGCAUUAAAUGAUUCUUUCUUUAGCUGAAACUUGGAUUCAUUGCACAAAGCUGUCUUUCUCAAGGAUUCUCCACACUUUUGGCCAAUAUAUUUGCCAUGCGAAGCGAGGUAAACUACACCACAGGAGGAAACCUUUAUUUAUACUGGGUAGCUCUAUCAGUUCUAAAAUGUUCUUCCUAGAGGUCCAGUAAGAGGCACCUCUUAUUGAUGCAGAACCUAAACUAACUUUAUUUAUACUGGAUAGCUCUGUCAGUUAGAGAAAUUGUUCUUCCUAGAGGUCUAGUAAGGAUCAUCUCUUAUUGAUCCAGUGUUACUACAGGAGGAAACCUAAACUGAACUAACUUUAUUUAUACUGCUUAGUUCUAUUAGUUGUAAACUGUUCUUCCCAGAGGUCCUGUAAGAGACAUAUCUUACUGAUCCAGUAUUACUACAGGAAGAAAUAGCUCUAUCAGUUUUAAACUGUUCUCCCUGGAGUCGAGGUUCAGUAAGGGUCAUCUCUUAUCGGUCAAGGAAAUCGGAAUACGUGCAUGGGGAGAAACUAGAUGCAUGGAUAAAGUCAAAUUGGAAACACUGACCACUGUGUCACGAACAUCUCAAGGACUUUUUUGUGCUUUUUAGCCAUCUGAAGAUGAGGAAGUCGCCACUUGGAAAGCAAACUAUCUCCUCGGAGCGUCUAAAGAAAUGUACACUGAGACCUUAUCUCCUGCUUUUGUGGGCAUGGGCUUUCAUGAUUUUGUACUGUAAGUAGUACACAUUAAGUUGUAGAUGAUUUGAAUUUAGUACGUUGUUUGUUGACAUUGUUGUUGUAGAAACAUGAAUAACAACAGCAAUAACAGGUAGUUUAAGAUGCCGACAACGAACAACGGGUACAGAGUACGGUUGAAGGCUUGUUUUCGCAUUGCUUUAACUGAGGCAGACAAAAUUUAAAUAUCUCCAGAGCAUGCAUACUUUUCACCGUAGCGACCUUGGCUACAACGUGAAAAUCACAUUCUUGUGUUGUCAAACAGAAUCAAGAACAUAGCACCGAAACUGACUACGCAACGUUGCAGGUUGGAAAAUAUUUUUAUAAAGAAAUGAUGAAAAUUAAAAGAUGAAACUUACUGAACCGGCAAAGCCAUGCACAUAAAACAUAUUUGGGGAGAAUUUAUUAUGACCAUUUAGUAUUUGCAUACAUAUAACAAAAACUAUUUCAAAUGUAGUCGGUAUAGUUCGUCGUCAAGAUCUUAAACUCCCCAAUAGCAGAACAGCGACAACGACAAUUAAAACUACCAACACUGAUAAACAGUACAGAUGUAAGUGUGCUCUUCUAGACACUGAAUGAAACCUAAUGCAUUUUUCUUUUUUAUAGCUUUUGCUUCGAGAAACUUGGCCUGACCUUACUAGCUAUCCAGUUGCGUUCCAAAGAUGGUCAUUUACAGUAAGUAUUAUCACAUUUUCUUAUCUUCAGUUUGCAUCGUCACAUAUCAGUGGUUUACAUUGAUAAAUUUUCUAACAGCCCGGUGAAACCAGGAUGAGAGUUGUUGAGAAGCGAGAGUUUGCAUGAGAGUUUUCUCAACUGUCAUGUCCCAUUCAAACAAGAACAAGAGUUACAUGAGAGUUGAUGAAAGUUGACUGGAUAUUAUACAAGUCAAACCAACAAGAACUCUCACAUUAACUUUCAUCAAAGUUGAUGAGAGUUGAUAAUAGUGCAUGAGAGUCGAUGAGAGUUAAACGCGAGCGAAGGAUACAACAACUCUCGCCCUUGUUUGAAAAAGGAUUAAUGCUGGUGGCUCACUCAUCUCCUUGAUUUAUCUUUUUCCAGCUAUGUUCUCAAUCCGUGUGACGAGAAUGUCAAGGUUGAGCCAGGCAGCAAGGGUUGUUUCAUCGCAGAUUCAGCCAUUGAAGUUAAAAGGUAAAAAUUUUUCUAGCCCAAUCUGUUAGACGAUUAUUCUUCCCCACUGAUUAAACGUCAUCUAUUCCUUGUCCAGAGUAUUCCUAUACUGUAACAAAUGUCAUAACAACGUCAACUCCCCGGAAGAAAUUGAGGAAUGCAAAUGUGGAGGUGGGAGAUUGCUUUCAUGAAGAAAUUUUUGUCCAUGUAAUUUUUAAUUUUCAGCAAAUUAUAUUCUUGUUUUCAGAAAAAGGUUCGAGUAAAAUGGUUGUUCCUCCUGCGAUAGUGAAUGGUAAAGUAUUCCUCUUGAUAUUUUUUAUUUCUGACACCUAAUUAUAAUUAUUAAUUUGGAAUCGUCGUAUUUUCUCUGUUAAAUGCGAGGGUCUAGUGUACGUAGUAUCCCACCAUAAGCUGUUCGUUGAAAUUCUUUCGUUUUGUUUUAGUGGAUGAGAAUGAAACAUGUAUUGAGUUAUUCACGCCUACCAACAAGACUAGGCCCAAUUUAAAGAGAACUGCAACGAAGUAAGUUCAUAGUUUUUGCUGCUGCAUGACCCAUGUCGCCUCUGUGAAGAACUAAUAGAAUUAUCCUGUAUAAAUAAUGUUAGUUUAGUUUGAGUUUCUUCCUGCAUUAACACUGGAUCAAUAAGAGAAGAUCCUAUAACUGGACCUCUAGAAAGAACAGUUUAGAACUGAUAGAGCUAUCCAGCAUAAAUAAUGUUAGUUUAGUUUAGUUUGAGUUUCUUCCUGUAGUAAGACUGGAUCGACAAGAGAUGGCUCUUUCAGAACUGAUAGAGCUAUCCGAUAUAGAUUUAUGUUUCCUCCUGUAGUAACACUGGACCAAUAAGUAUAGAAACUGUUACUGAAACUCUGUCUUGGAUAAACAUAGUUUUUUUUUAAUUGAGCUGAGACUGUAUUUCAAUUUUCUUGCAGACUUCAAGACUUAAUGGCAGUACCUGGCAAGCCUAACAUGUUCGAUUCAACAGGAACAUACUACUGGUGUGAGACAGUCGAUUUUGACACGGCCACUGUGGUAAGUGAGAGGUCCACUGCUCAGUGGCGGCACCAGGCCUCACAUUUUGGGGAGAGGGGGGGCAAUAGACCCAUUGCACAAGACGUCACAGCGCCGGUGACGAUGCGUCUGGAGGACAAAUUAGCAAUCUAUGCAUAAUAUAAUUUUUGUAAACAUAUCAAAUUUUGUAAAAGUUUAUAAUAAUUUUGUAUUAAAAUGGUUGAUUUUUGCGCUGUAUCUGGUUGUUGUACCCGAACAGAUAUUGUAAGGAAGCAUCUGGAGGACACUGUAAGGAUUUGUGACGUCAGUGCAAUGGGUCUAUUGAGGAGCAAACUAAUCUUUUGGGGGGCCAAAAGCUUUUAAAGAUCAAUGUUAUAAACGUACGCGUAAUGUUGCAUGAGAAUUUCUGACGAGUCUGGCACAAACUCUCUCGUCAACUCUCAUUAAAGCUCAAAGCUGACGACAGUUGACGCAAGCGAGAGUUGCAUCUCUCAUCAACUCUCAUUCUUGUUUUACCGGGGGGACUUUACCUUACUUUUUUAUCUCCUAGGAUCGCAGCAAAGCUGAACAGAUAGUAUUCAACAAUCAUAUAGUGGUGUGUGUCUUUGCUGAAUCCAACGGCCCGCUUGUAGGGCUGCGGACACUGUGUAUCCCGUUGCGGGCAAGCAACCUGCAACCUAGCGAGCUGAAGAAAAUUGUAUUUGUCGGGGAUGGCGACUACUUGAGAAAGGAAUGGGAACAACUCUGUAAUUUUCCCGAAAUCAACGUCAUGCCGGUACGUGAGGAAAAUUAGUGGUUUUAGGAAGCGUUACAGGCCAGCAAGCGUUAGCGAAAGAUAUUUCAAACGUGGAGGUCCAAUGUAGGUAGUAUUCUAGAGUAAGCUGUUGUGGUUUAUGUCUGAACUACCUGAAAAAGAUAUCUCAAACGUGGUGGUCCAAUGUAGGUGGUAUUCUACAAUAAGCUGUUGUGGUUUGUGUCUUAACUACCUGAAAAAAAUAUCUCAAAUGUGGUGAUCCACUGUAGGUAGUAUUCUAUACAAUAAGCUGUUGUGGUUUGUGUCUGAACUAUACCUGAAAAAGAUAUCUCAAACGUGGUGGUCCAGUGCAGGUAGUAUUCUACAAUAAGCUGCCGUGGUUUGUGUCUGAACUACCUGAAAAAGAUAUCUCAAACGUGGUGGUCCAGUGUAGGUAGUACUCUACAAUAAGCUGUCAUGGUUUGUGUCUGAACUACCUGAAAAAGAUAUCUCAAACUGACGUUGUGGUCCAGUGUAUGUAUAGUAUUCUACAAUAAACUGUUGUGGUUUGUGUCUCAACUACCUCAAAAAGAUAUCUCAAAUGUGGUGGUCCACUGUAGCUAGUGUUCUACAAUAAGUUGUCGUGGUUUGUGUCUGACCUGUCUGGUUCAGAAAAGGAAAAGUUUAAUUCAACUUUUCUCCACAAUAGGGCUCCCCAUUCAACCGAGCAGAUCUCAAUGCCGUAAACGCGAAUCUGGCAGCAAUGGUCGUAGUUCUCUCACCGAUAGUUCAAGCUGCUGACGCCUUAAAUGAUAACCAGGCAUUCGCUGAUAAGGAGCCAAUCAUGGCCAGUUUAAAUUUGAAGGCUAUGUCUUUUGAUGACGUUGCUACAGUAUUACAGAGAGAGAUGGUCGCUCAUUUGUCAGCGGAUGGAGAGAACGAUUCUAAAGUUUCUCAACCAAAUAGAAUACUUUCUAUGUCCAAAUUGCAGGAAAUUAGCGCAGUUUUACCAAUGAUUACGGAGUUAGGUAAGUCCGCUAGAUGCUUAUGUUUUCAUCCACGUUUGGUUCAGUGUCUGUCCGUGUGUGUUUGCCUGUCAACUUAAAAAAUAUCAAACGUGUUGAUACGAAAAGUUGUGGGAUUAAUUAGACCGCGAACUGCAAAUCUAAACCCGCGGAAAGGAGGGACCGCUCGCAGUCUAGGGAUGACUAGGGAUUAAUUGACAUUGCCCAAGAACAAAUUGGUUAAAUUUUAGUUAAAUUUCAAGGAUGAAAACUGGAUGAGAAUUUACAAUUUUCAUCUUGCAGAGUUCAUCUUGCAUCACCAUACUGAAUGCGUAAUUUGAUUUAACAGGGUUCGUAGCGGUCUUUGAAAUCCUUGAAAGUCUUUAAAUUGGAAUGCAGGUCUUUGAGGUCUUUGAAAUGUAUUUAAAUUGUGUGAAAAAGCGAAGAAAGUCUUUAAAAGUCUUUAAAUUCUUUAGUGAGGAAUUGAUUAUACGAUUUCCUAGCUAAUAAAAUAGAUUGAUUGAAUCAAGAUUUUCGCAAAUAUCGACGAAAAUGCGCAUUUUAGGAUGUGAUUUGACCAUAGAUAUAGGAGACCUAUGGACUUGACUGGACUUAUUACCGGGUAAAAAUGGUGCUCACACUCGCAAUUUUUCGACAGCUGAUUGCUCUCAAAGGUUUUUGAAAAGUCUUUCAUAAUCAGAAAAAAUCUUUGAAAGUCUUUGAAUUUUUUUGGUCUUGGAGACUACGAACCCUGUUUAAGGAAAUGGGUUUCCACCAUAGUAACUCUCUCCUCCAAACAAAUCCUUCCCUGGCGUUCUUAACUCAAUCUUUGUUUUUCCACUUUGGCGUUCUUUUUUCCUCUCUUCAUUUCCUUUGGUCCAUGUGUAAUUAUUUUACCCUGAUGUCGUUAUCCUGCAGUAUUUGACAACAACGUGCAGUAUUUGGACGACGAAGACGAAGAUGAAGACGGAAUUGGUUUCUACGAAACUCAACCUUUCGCAUGCGGCCAUGCUUUCACCGUCUCUGUGUUAGACUCUCUUAUGACAGCCGUAAGUAUCUAAAUAUAUAUUGUCUUAUUCAUAAUGGAUACUUGGGUAGCUCUAUAUAUUAGUUUUAAACUGUUCUUCUUAGAGGUACAGUAAGGAUCAUCUCUUAUUGAUCCAGUGUUACUACAGGAGGAAACCUAAACUAAACUAACUUUAGUUAUACUGGAUAGCUCUAUCAGUUUUAAACUGUUCUUCCUAGGGUCCAGUAAGGAUCAUCUCUUAUUGAUCCAGUGUUACUACAGGAGGAGACCUAAACUAAACUAACUUUAGUGAUACUGGGUAGCUCUAUCAGUUUUAAACUGUUUUUCUUAGAGGUACAGUAAGGGUAAUCUCUUAUUGAUCCAGUGUUACUACAGGAGGAGACCUAAACUAAACUAACUUUAGUUAUACUGGAUAGCUCUAUCAGUUCUAAACUGUUCUUCUUAGAGGCCCAGUAAGGAUUAUCUCUUAUUGAUCUAGUGUUACUACAGGAGAAAACCUAAACUAAACUAACUUUAUUUAUACUGGAUAGUUCUAUCAGUUCUAAGCUGUUCUCCAUAGAGGUCCAGUAAGAAUCGUCUCUUGUUGAUCCAGUGUUACUGCAGGAGGAAACCUAAACUAAACUAAUUUUAUCUAUCCUGGUAGCUUUAUCAGUUCUGAACUAUCCUUCGUAGAGGUCCAGUAUCUCGUAUUGGUAUAGUGUUGAUAUAUUGUUAUUUUAUCCCCCCCCCCCUUAGACUUACUUCAAUUCGGAUGUGUUGAACCUGGUGCGAGCUCUGGUUACUGGAGGUGUCAGCGCUGAACUGGAGGCUCAGUUUGCGGAAGGACACGAGAUCCGAGGAGUUGAGGAAACGCCAGAGAUUGCAGUGUUUAGACGGAGAGCAAAACUUACACAAGUCCCUCUGUUCGAAGGACCUAUGAAAGAAUUUGGGGUAAAUGAUUGAUUUGUAAACUUCUUAUUCUGGAGAGGUUCCUUGUUGAUGUAUUGGUACUACAAGUAAAUACCUAUAAACUAAACUAACUUUAUUUAAAGGCACAGUUCAGCCUUUUGAAUGAUAGUUUUAAGGCGGAUUACAAUUUUUCCUAGAGGCCCAGUAAGGAUCAUCUCUUAUUGACCCAGUGUUACUACAGGAGGACUACAACUUAAACUAUAAUAACUUUAUUUAUUCCUAACCUAACCCUACUUCAAGUUUGUUUCUAAACCAAUCUUGAAGAAAAAAGUUUUGACGAAAUGUCAUUCUGAGGUCAGCGAAAUAGUAUAUACCCAGUAAGAACAGUAAUAAAUACCCAGUUAACGGAGAUCAUAAGAACAUUCCUUAGAUUUUCUUUUCUUCUUUUUCAGGAGGGUCGUUCAUUUGGCCAACUCUUCACGCAUGCUCUAAAAGAAUUUCACAUCGUCUGUAUUGGUGUCUACCGUUUGAUGGGUGGAUCGUCCUCACGUCGUUACGUCAUCACCGCACCUAAUGCUGACUUUGCACUUAAUCCUAACGAUCUAGUAUUUGCACUUGCGCAGAGCGACUUCGUAGUCCUACCAGGAUCCUAAAAUGUUUUGGUCCCGCAUGAGAUCGGUCUGCGGUCUGUCCAUGGUUUUGCCUUUAGACUCCACCUAUGUUUUUUUUCUGUGGACCAUUACUGGUUAAAGAUUCUACCAUUAGCUAUGGUUUCUUCUGUAGACAAUCUGUGGUUGAAUUUUCCUGCCAUAUUUAAGUAUGCAUUGGUGUACACGACACAGUCUCCGCCAGAAAUCCUUUUGCGAAGAAAUCCGUCGCCUUUUUUGCGUUUCAAGUUAUUGCCAGAUAAGGUUAUGAUCACCUCUGGAUAAAGAAGUAUUUGAUUGUUGGCAAAGGCUUUUUCAGUGUUCCUUUGCAAGUGCAAAAAGUGGUCAAAUUGGAAUAGCUAUUAAGGACCUCGAUAACAUGCUCGCUUGAACGACCAUCGAUGUCUGUACGUGACCAGUCGGCUCUGAUUUGCCACUUUUGCAUAAAGGGUCAACCAUCUAUUGUGUUAAAUGUUAAUCUAUAUAUUGAUGAAAAUCAGGCCUUUUUUCAAUUCCUAAAUCAGCUCUCAGAGGUGAAACGAUACAAUGGUACAACACAGCGUAGAAUUGGUGGAUAUAACUCGCACAAGAUAGAUUAUUGCACGCGCUAUAUUACAGGCACCAUUGUAAGUGAAGGCACAUCGACUUCAGAAUUAUUAUGCCCCAUAAAGGAAUGGAUAGACAACGGACUAUGAAGUCGAAAGCAAGUAUAUAACAGUGUAACAAAUGGAUCAUUCCAUUUAAAAGACGUAACUGCCCUAUCAAGGACAAAGGUUUUACAAUAUCCCUGAAGAAUUCGUGUCAUCGUGAAAGAGAUCUCCAAAAGAAUCCUGUUCACAGCAUUUGCCCCUAUCAGCUUUAGCCCUGAAGAAUUUUUACAUUUGAGCCCUGAGGAUCAGAAAUCAGCCCAGUUCAAAAUACUCAACUGCUGCUGAAGUAUUCCGGAGUAAAACUCGCUUCCUCUGAAGAAGACAGGGGUAUUACGGAGAUUAAAUGGAAUAGCCCAAUGAUUCGAUGUUUUGGUAUGGUGGCUUAAAGAAUUAUUCUGGUAUAAAUCCUGCAACAUUUCACAAACCACUCCGCACAAUAAACUGAAAAAAUCUGACAGAAAAUGAAAGCUAGGCACAAAAGGCAAAAAGAUGCCUUAGACUCCAACCAAUCUUGCAAUUGAUCUCCCAGCGACGAAUAAAAACAAUUCAUAUUUAUUUGUAUUUUACAUUUUAUUACUUGUACAUAUAAUUUAUAAAGUAUUUAAAGACUUGUAUAAUAUUAUUGAGUGUAAUAUAAGUUAAUAUGGCUUCGGCAGUAUUUAUUGUAAGUAUUUGCAAAUUUGUAUAAACAAUGUGAUUUUUAGC